CCGAACCCCAGUGCCCAAAAUUCUCCAGAAAGUCAAUCCGUUCCAACAUGUGCAUCCAUGGACACCUCCCGCACGGAUACAGCGCUUGAAAUAUCCAGCCGUUCAUUUGGAGACGCUUCCAGCUCAGAUGUGACAGGCAAGAACCCAGAAUCAGCCAAUCGUUCUUCUUCGAAUCCUGCAGUACGCUUGUAUACACCACCAGAACGUGCUACGAGAUACAAGCUACAUGAAGUUGCAAUGAAACCCCCCGUAUCCAAUAGCAACGCCGGCCGAUUCGAACAUUCGAUUCCCAAGCGAAAACUAUCGUUUGCUUCAUCUGAACUACGCUCCCACAAUGUAACACCAUUGAACUGGUCGCCUAUGAACACAUCGUGCAUAUCGUUUUCCAAGAUCGUUUCGUCGACGCCUCUUUCGCACUAUGGCGAUCCAAGGAACAUGCAACCGUUGGACUUAUCGGUAUCCUGUUCCGAGGAAUCGCCUCUCGAUUGUUUCUUGCGCAACGAAGAAAUUGAGCCAAUGAAUUUGGUAGUGAAGAUACCACGAGAAACACGACCAUUGCCUUCAACAUACGGUGCAUUAAACUUCGUAUGUCAUGAUAGACGAACUCCUGAAAAAGUUUUACUGUCAACGUCUGCAAGACAAUCACUGUAUGGACACCACAAGCGAAUCGAGGAAAACCAUGGAGUCGUCUGGCCUGGUGCGAAGCGCAGACUCGUACUGUCGCAGGCCGAUUUGAACAUCUCGAAUCCAAUACAUCACCAGCGCCACGACAAAUUCGGUGAAUUGAAGGACGAUAGCGAUAAGGAGAACUCACAGGUGGAUUUCGAUCAGUUGAAUCCGUCACUAGGAGCUUUUAUGGACAGCCCCCUAUCUGUACACCACGUAGUCUCUGAUGCAGCGAAAAACGUUAACAGUAAGGAACGCUCAACUUUCGAUGAGGCAGAGCUUGUGACUCACGAAUAUGAUGACGACGAUGAAGAUGAUGAGGACUUUGUGCCACAAGGAGAUGCGAGCUUGUUGGACGACUUUUCAAUUUUCGAAUACUUCGAGUCAUUCCGGAAUCAAUCCAUCAUCGACGAAGACGAGAACGAAGAUAAUCUGGCGAAUGCUGCAAACAAUUACGAAAAAUUUGAUGAAAUGGGUUUUGCUGAUCUCGACAGAGAGUACGAUGAGGUUCCCAUCAAUGUGUCGAAAAAGUUGUCCAAUAAGCUGCGCAAGGAGAAGGGCUUGUCAUAUGUUCGAAAAAAUGGCACAGAAGUGGCGGCACGAAAGCUGCGAAAGGCGUGCACCUGCAUGAAGCGUAAAUGUUAUGAAAAAUUUAACGCUGCACUCCGAGAAAAAUUGUUGCGUAAUCUGCUUGAGUUAAAGAGCUCGGGACAGAAUCAAUUUCUCAGCCAACAUGUUGCUGUGACCUUCGUAGAACGUCAUCGUGUAAGUAUGUAAUUAGGCGCAAAAAUAGUAUAUAAUUAUUGAAUAUUAUACA